UCUUUUUCUUUUUCUUUUUCUUUUUCUUUUUUUCUUUUUCUUUUUCUUUUUUUUUUUUAACACUGGCCAGUGAGAACUGAGCCGUGAAAGCUGCCUGUUUUUACUUUAAAGCUUUUAUCCCUACUUUCCUAAACAACAUGUGUUGGCGUAAACAUCUCAGAUGUCAACUCACAAGAGGAGUUAUUAUGAAUCAGACUUUAUCUUUGGCUUCAUUAGAAAACUUAGUUAAAAUUAAGUAGCGUGAAAAACAACCCUGUGAAAGUCAAUACCUUGUUUUCAAGCGGAACAGAAGGUUAAGCUGAAACCGAACGUAACUACAAUUCCUAAGCAGCUGUUUCUUCAGUGUGCUAUUUUCUUGUAUUUUAGAAACUUGCUUCUUCACAAUCAAGGACACUGGUGUAUUGGUUUUCCCUUUGAUCCAUUACUCAUCCCAUCUUGGUUUGGGACACACCGCCAGCAAGGCAAUACACAGAAGACAACUGAUACAGGGAAUUAUGGCUCAGGAGCUCUCUAUGACAUCAUGCCUAUUUUUUAUAUAUUAUUGUGUUGGUACAAUUUAUAUCCAUCUCCAAGUGCAAGAUUCUGAUACUGCCCUUUAAGUUUGCACCAUACAGGCUUCUUGUGCAAAUAGGAACUUUUGUUAACCUGCUGCUAUAAAAAUAGUAGUUUGUUCAUCCAGGACAAGAUCUGGGACAAACAAUCUGCUGAGUAGUACUAACUUAAACUCUUCAAGUUUGCAUAGUUUUGUUCUGAGAAUUGCUUCCAAUUCCCCUUUAGUCAACAUUUGUGUUUGUUUAGCACUUAGAAAUCAUGUACAUAAGGAGCACAACAUGAUGAAAAACAUUUUGACAGAUUGUUCUGGAAAUCAAAUCUUUCACCUGAAGGGACACAUUGCUUGGGUGGAAAAUAACAGCUAAUUUCUUUAUGCAAAAUAGCUCUGUGGCAUACUGAAGAUACACAAAGUUAUUCACAUGGAAAAAAAAUAAAUAAAUGCGUUUGUAAGCUGUCCACACCGUAUUAUUGGAAGGUGGAAGAUGCGGAUUUACAUAGUGCUGUGACUAAAAUGGAUUUGCAUCUGCUAUGACAGGUGGUUCCAUUUCACUAGGAUGCCAGCAGUGCCUAGGUCAUCUUCCAACUUAAGAAAGGUGGUAAAUCUACUUGUAUUGCUUGGAUCAAGAGAACCUUCAUUUUCCUCCUGAGGUUAUGCUAUAUGGAGUAAUAUCCAACUAGCCUGGCUGUGGAAUGGAUUCAACGAAGGCCAAGUGCUGAAGGGCAUUAAGAUAUUGAACCUGACAGCAACACUCUAAAACUUUUGUGGGAGAGUGUGACAUUUUCUCACAUUGCACUAAGCUUGAAGAUCAGUCAGGAAAAGAAAUUCUGCCCUACCCGUGACAGUCAGACAGUGGAACAAAAAAUGCCAGUGAAGUCAAACACAGAAGAAACACUGGCUUGGUCUGACUCUGUGGAUACACUACUUGCUAAUAAAGAUGGCCUGGCAGCUUUCAGGAAGUUUUUGAAGUCAGAAUUCAGCGAGGAGAAUGUAGAGUUCUGGCUGGCUUGUGAAGAUUUCAAAAAAACCAAGUCUUCCACCAAGAUCGCAGCCAAAGCCCAAAAGAUUUACGCUGACUUCAUUGAAGCUGAUGCUCCAAAGGAGAUUAAUAUUGACUUUCAUACAAGAAAUCACAUCUCUCAGAACAUCUCAGAACCCACCCUCAGUUGUUUUGAUGAUGCCCAGAGGUUAAUCUAUAGUCUCAUGGCAAAAGACUCUUUUCCCAGGUUUCUAAGGUCAAAAGAGUAUAAGGAACUAGCAAAGAAGCAAGACAACAGAAAUGACAAAAGGUGGCUCCCAUUUUUGUGAGAAGCACUAGCGGUUAGCAGAGAAAUGAACAUGAGAGGCGAGGCUGAGCUACAAGGAGGAUGUGGUUUUGUUCGGCAGUCCCGCAGCUACCAUUCAUUUUGCAAUGAAACUUCAGUGGAAAAUCGCAACUUCCGCCUGGGCGCCGUCUCGGAAUCCUUUCAGCACUGGGGAAUUUCUGCUGAUUGAAGUCACGGUGAGGACAGCAAUCAGGACUGCUGAAAUUACAUAAUUUACUCAAAUAUAUAGCAAGCCAUUUUUCCCUCUUACAAAUCCAAGUCUCGUUUUCAGAAGAGGUGAGGUCAAGUCGCCUUUCUCAGUGGGCCAAGAAGGAAGCCCAAAAAAUCUGCUGCACCAAUGGUUGUGAUCUAAGGAAAAGAGUGCCUUGAAAUAGCCUGUUCUAGUGUUAGAUAUGGAGGUUGGCAGCCCCGCCUGAGGAAGGGGUUUUGGAGCUUGAUGAUCCUUGAGGUCCCUUCCAACCCAAGCCAUCCUAUGAUUCAAUGAUUCUAUGUGUGAUAAUGAAAUCACAGAUGCCUGACAGUGCUCUUUUUCGAAUUCCACAUUCCUGACUUUAUCACAAAGAAAACCAGAGAGCAGUAGAGCAGGAGGCUGUCAGGGAUCUCUAAUUCCUGGCCGAAAACAUAAAAAAAAGUCCAUCUUCAUAAAAAUAAUCCCUUAUACUUUUUCUGGUAACUCUAUAAAGAAAUAGUGGGAAACCCCCAGUGGAAACACAUACGUCUGCACAGACGAACAUAGACUAUAUCCAGAGAGGUGGGUAUCUGACUAAUUCUCUGAUCACCAGUCUAAUUAUCAUUAGAAAAAAUAAACCGUUCUUAGCAUAUUAUUUUAAUAAUUCUGUAAUAAAGUAUCAUGGAGGAUUUUAAUGCUAUUUCAGUUAAUUUAGGAUGCUUAAACAGAAAUGUACAGUAAUUACACUUUUAGGGGUUAUCAACAACUCAAGUAUAAUAGAGCAUACUAAGUUUGCCAUAAUCUUCGAAUUAAAACUACAUCAACAAAGUAAAUUAAAAAAAUUGUUGAGCAGACCUUUCAAAUCUUUAUAAAUUAAUCUUUUUUUUCUCCUGUUUAAAUCUGAGAAAG